GUUCUUGGUGGUAGUCAUAUUACCAUGUUUCUUGGUUGUGGGUUAGAUGACACUCAGAAGAGGGUAACGGAUGAAAAGGACCCCAUGGUUCACCUGGAGAGUGUUUACCAAGAGCUGCUGAGCAAGCAGAGGCAUGGAGACUGGGUUCUUGGUGGUAGUCAUAUUACCAUGUUUCUUGGUUGUGGGUUAGAUGACACUCAGAAGAGGGUAACGGAUGAAAAGGACCCCAUGGUUCACCUGGAGAGUGUUUACCAAGAGCUGCUGAGCAAGAAGUGCCCUGAAGAAGUCCAGCCCACCCAGAGUGACUCAUGCCCUUCCCUGGCCCCACGGGCACCUGUGGCUGAGGAGUCAUUGCUUCCACACCAGAAAGAGCAGGGAGAACAGACAAGAAGUCCCAGCCUUCCUUCAGCAAAGCCCCACCAGUCCCCUCCAACGCCUGUGAUUAUCAAAGAGCCUGUAGAGUUUGUCCCGGAAGAGGAGAUCUGCAAGAACCGUCUCUCGGAGGAAGAACUCCGGAAUAUACCCAGGUUCUCAUCCUACCAUCCCGGGGAGCCCAACAAGGUGCUGUAUUUGAAGAACCUGGGCCCUCGAGUGACGAUGAAGGACCUGGUGUCCUUGUUUGCUCGGUUCCAGAAGGAGGACAGCCCACCCAUCCAGUUCCGCCUCCUGAGCGGCCGGAUGCGGGGUCAGGCUUUCAUCACUUUCCCUGAUACGCAGUCGGCCCGGGACGCCAUGCAGUUGGUGAAUGGGUACAAUCUGCAGGGGAAGCCGCUGGUGAUCGCGUUUGGGAAAAGCAAGGGGCAUUCACCAGAGGCUGACCCUGCCAUCCCCUGCGCCUCUGCCAGAGAGAACCCCCCUGCCAAGUGA